CUGCUUCAGGAGCGGAGAGGCGGCGGGCGGCUGUGUGCAUAAUGUCGGGCAGAAAGCCCCGGUCGGUGGCCAACCCUCUGGAGGCUGCGAUCACCACGCCGAGCGAGAGGAUCCUGAGAGAAUGCCACGCUCUAUAUGUGGACAGCGAACACGGCCUGGUGAGGAUUGCCAGCAGCCUCGGCGUCCGACUCCUUCCUCCCAGAAAGAAGAUCGUUGUGAUGAUCCUGGGGAACCACUCUGCAGGGAAGAGCUCCUUCAUUAACUGGUAUGCGGAGGAGCACAUACAGAAAGCAGGCGUCGCCAUAGAAACACAGGGCUUCACCUUCAUCACCAGCGGUCGCAGAAGAGAGUCACUGACGGGCAAUGCAACGCUCCAUCUCUAUCCUCACUUCCGACCACUCCUUGAGUUCAAAGGUGUCAUGGACUAUCUCACUGCGGAGAUCUCCACCUCCAAACAGAAGAAGUUCAGUCUGGUGAUGUUCGUGGACACCCCGGGGUUGGUGGACGGAGACAUGGUCUACCCGUUUGAUGUCAACAGCGCCAUCUCGUGGUUGGGAGAACAGGCCGACUUGGUCUUUGUGUUCUUCGACCCGAUGGGCCAGGCGCUCUGCAAACGCACGCUCAACAUCGUGGAGAAGCUGAGCGACAAGUGCGGAGACAAACUGCGGUUCUACCUCAGCAAGGCAGACGAAGCCGGGAAGGAAACAGACAGACAGAGGGUGAUGAUGCAGAUAGUCCAGGAGCUGUGUCGCCGGCCAGGUCUCAAUAAAUGUGGUUUUGAGAUGCCGACGAUAUACAUCCCCAACCCCCAGAGGCCCAGCCGCUGUGUGAACCAGAUCGAUGGGGUGUGUCAGACCAUCGAGAAGACCAUCAACCAGGCCGUCCAGAAGACUCUGGACCGGCUGGAGAAAGACUGUGACCUCAUUUGUUCCACCAUCAGCAGCAGACUAGAGCAGGACAGGGCUGAUGUCACUCACAACAAAAGCGUCCGUCUUCACUCGUUGGUGUGCGGCGCUCAGGGCGUUUUCCUGCCGGUCCUCUUCGUCCUCAGUUUCAUCGUGAACACUUUCUCUCAAGACGAGCUCGACGUGCUGCUGGGCGAAGGCCCGACUCGGACCCUCUCCGUCUUCACAGGAAUCGUGAUGUAUUUAUGGGACUGGAUACCAGAAGAUGGACAAGUCGUGGUUGUCAUCAUUUUUGGAACUUUUUGCUAUCUCCUGCUUUUCCUAGCAAAGUAUUUUGCAGGCCAAAGGAAGAAGACUCUGACAAAGAAAGAGAAGAGGACGAUGGCGGAGUACAGCGAUUACAUCCAGGACAUCGUCAAAACUAAGAAGGAGAAGCUGUAUGAGUGGUACCUCCAGCAGUGCGCAGCAGAAUAUGAACUCUGACCCGGGUCAGCUGGAGACGGCUGCUUCAAGAUGAUGAAGAUGAAGACGUGAAUGUGGGAAUCAGUCUGACUUUUUAAUCCGAUGAUGAGACCCCAGAUGAUCCGGUUUCUCUCCUCUCGCUCGGGCAUGUGCAACCUCUAAAUGCAGCAAGUAUCUCCGCCAACAUGCAUCAUCUCCUCCAUUAAAGAUGACGUGCCUUUAUUAGUUAGUACAGAAGAAGCAGUGAUUGUGAGUCAUUUGAUUAAAACAAUGUAAUCAUGUGAUUGUCCGUCACAGUUGAUGUCAGAAAGAAGUGUUUACAUCCUUUUUUUCCUCCUAAUUUCACGAGUAAGUUUCAGCUGCUUCCUGCCAGGAAGCAUCUGGCUCAAUGUUCUCACCGUCGUGUGUCAAGUCUCACGGCACCGUCCUGACGUCCGUCACGCCGUCUUGCCGGCUGACAGGAAGUCCCACGCUCGUGUUUGACAGUUGUCCGACCAAUGCUUGGGCAUUACGGACGCACUUUGUCAAACAUUGAUAUCAAUAAGUAGCAUCGUCCGGCCUCCAACGCGUCUCUGUCCAUGUUUGUGACGCUGUGUGAUGAGUGCAGCCAUCAGGUCUAUGACUACACCGUGUCAUGCCUUCACUCCAGUCUUUAUAGAAAUAUUUAUUCUUAUUCAAGGUGCUUUUUAUCCCAAAAAUGUAGAAAAAAACUCAACGGGCUGUUUGCAAUGUCAUUGUGAACACUGUCAGUGUGUGUGUGUGUGUGUGUGUGUGUGUUACAGAUAUUUCAUUUAUAUAUUUGGGAAACUUGUAUGUAUGUGAAUUCAUCUACUCUGGGUAAUUCUUCUAAAAUAUUUGUAUAGUAUGAAAUCGAGGCUCAACUGGUCCGAUGUUUUUAUGUAAUCCCGACUCAAAGAAUGAAACUCCUGCAAACUAUGCAAUGUCACUUAUUAAAAAAUGUUCUACUGAC